CAAAAACUCAUUGAUGGACACGUAUCGUGUCCAUGUCACCAAACAAUUUGCAGUAUCUGAAUUCCCACUGUAUCUUGUGUAAUUUGUGUACCUAAAGCAGGGAAUUAGACUGUGUGUAAGCUUCAAGUGCUACAAUAAGUUACAGUUGAACUUUUAAGUAAAUACAGAUAAGAAUUUCUGCAGCAUCAUGUCAGGAGUGGAACAGCCAUGCUACACCCUCAUCAACUUCCCCACGGACUCCGAGCCCUACAAUGAGAUGCAGCUCAAACUGGACCUCGAGAAAGGCGACACAAAAAAGAAGAUUGAAGCCCUAAAGAAAGUGAUCGGCAUCAUCCUCUCCGGCGAGAAGAUCCCGGGCCUCCUCAUGGUGAUCAUCCGCUUCGUGCUGCCGCUACACGACCACAUGAUUAAGAAGUUGUUGCUCAUCUUCUGGGAGAUUGUGCCCAAGACCAGCCCUGACGGCAAGCUGCUGCAGGAGAUGAUACUGGUGUGCGACGCGUACAGAAAGGACCUUCAGCACCCGAACGAGUUCAUCCGCGGCUCCACGCUCAGGUUCCUCUGCAAGCUAAAGGAGCCCGAACUUUUGGAGCCCCUGCUGCCCGCCAUCCGGGCCUGCCUCGACCACCGCCACUCCUACGUGCGCCGCAACGCCGUGCUGGCCAUCUUCACUAUAUACAGAAAUUUCGACUUCCUGAUCCCCGACGCGCCCGAGCUGAUCGCCAACUUCCUGGACGGCGAGCAGGACAUGUCCUGCAAGAGGAACGCCUUCCUCAUGCUGCUGCAUGCCGAACAGGAGCGGGCACUAGCUUAUCUAGCCGCUAGACUGGAUUCAGUGCACGGGUUCGGAGAUAUCCUUCAGCUGGUUAUAGUAGAGCUGAUCUAUAAGGUGUGCCACGCGAACCCCUCGGAGCGCGCGCGCUUCAUCCGCACCGUGUACGGGCUCCUGAACGCGCCGAGCGCCGCCGUGCGCUACGAGGCCGCGGGGACCCUCGUCACGCUGUCCGCCGCUCCUGCCGCCGUCACUGCCGCCGCAGCGUGCUACAUCGACCUGAUCGUGAAGGAGAGCGACAACAACGUGAAACUGAUCGUACUCGGCCGUCUGUCUGCCUUGCGGAAGGAGGGGGGAGAGGCCGCGGCCAGGGCGUUGCCGGACUUGGCCAUGGAUGUGUUGAGAGUGCUCGCCUCGUCUGAUUUGGACGUUAGGAAACACACUUUGACUUUGGCAUUGGAGCUGGUGAGUUCCCGUCACGCCGAGGAGCUAGUACAAGUGCUCCGCAAGGAAGCCGCGCGAGCAGGCAGCGCCGACCACGACGAUGCGGCCAAAUAUAGGCAGCUGCUGGUGCGGGCCAUGCACAAGGCCGCUCUAAAGUUCCCGGAAGUGGCGGGCAGCGUGGCGCCGGCGCUGCUGGAGAUGGUGGGCGAGGGCGGCGAGGCGGCCGCGGCCGACGUCAUGGCGUUCGUGCGGGAGGCACUGGCCGCCUUCCCUGACCUCAGGCCCACACUCUACCAGAAACUGCUAGAAGCGGUGCCCCAGAUCAAAGUGGGCAAGAUAGCGCGCGCAGCGCUGUGGCUGCUCGCCGAGUUCGCCGACACGGCCGACACUGCCGAGGCCGCGCUCGACGUUCUCGCCGCCGCCAUACCGCUACCCACCACCAGCGAAGAAGAUAAGGAGGAGAGCUCGCCCUCGCCCCACACGGCGGCGCCGCGAGCAGACACGGCGGCGCCGCGACAACUCGUCACCAGCGACGGCACCUACGCCUCGCAGUCCGCCUUCAACCUGCCCCAGACGGACCCCUCGUCCUCGUCCUCUCACGACGGCGGGCUGGCGCACGCGCUGGUCUCGGGGGAGAGCUUCACUGCGGCCGGCGCCUGCUCCGCGCUGGCCAAGCUCGCGCUCAAGCUGGACCACGGCCGCGCCACCAGGGCGCUGCAUCUCAUCUCCGCGCUGCUGGCCCAGCACAAGAAGAACGCGUCCCCGUCCUCGGGGCUGACCGCGGACGACGUGGAGCACGCGGCGCUGUGCCUGCGCGCGGCCGCGGCGCGCCCCGCCGUCGCCGUCGUGCGGGACGCGCUCGGCCCCCGCGCCCGGGCCGCGCUGCACGCGCUGUUGCAGGAGCAAGCUAGCUUGAGAGACAACAAGGAGGAGGAGGAGAGCGGCUCGGCGGCGUCGGUCCCGGUGGAGGCCGGCAUCACGUUCGCGGCGCUGGCGGGCGUCGGCGCCGCCGCCUCCGCCGCCUCCGCGACCUGUCACGACAUGUUCGAGCUGUCGCUGUCCCGCGCCGUCGACGGUCGCACGACGGCGCACGAAGAGAAGGGCAAGCUGUCGAAGGUGACGCAGCUGACCGGCUUCUCCGACCCCGUGUACGCCGAGUGCAUAGUGGCCGUCAACCAGUACGACAUCGUGCUCGACGUGCUCGUCGUCAACCAGACCGACGACACCCUCCAGAACUGCACCGUGGAGCUGGCGACCCUCGGCGACCUGCGUCUCGUGGAGCGACCCGCGGCAGUCGUGCUAGCGCCGCGCGACUUCGCCACCAUUAAGGCGCACGUCAAAGUGGCUUCCACGGAAAACGGCAUCAUUUUCGGCAAUAUAGUGUACGAGGUGACGGGCGCGUCCAUGGACCGCGGGGUGGUGGUCCUCAACGACAUCCACAUCGACAUCGUGGACUACAUCCAGCCCGCCACCUGCUCCGAUGCUGACUUCAGACAGAUGUGGGCGGAGUUUGAAUGGGAGAACAAGGUGUCGGUGAACACCAACAUCACGGACCUGCGCGAGUACCUGCAGCACCUGCUCGCCUCCACCAACAUGAAGUGCCUCACGCCGGACAAGGCCCUAUCGGGGCAGUGUGGCUUCAUGGCGGCCAACAUGUACGCGCGCUCCAUCUUCGGCGAGGACGCACUCGCCAACCUGAGUGUGGAACAGCCAUUAAACCGACAAGGGCCUGUGGCCGGCCACGUGCGGAUCCGCGCCAAGAGCCAGGGCAUGGCUCUGAGCCUCGGCGACAAGAUCAACCAGAUGCACAAGGCGCCGCCGCAGAAGGCCCCCCCGACACCCGCUCCCACAAUACCCGCUGCUUAGAUUAUUUACCUACAUGUAUAACUAUUAUUCGGAAAUAAAUAUUAUCGUAUAGUCGA